AUGACUACUCAUACCCCGAAAAAUAUCCUGAUUACUGGGGCAGCUGGAUUCAUUGCAUCUCAUGUUGCCAACCGGCUUAUCCGUAAUUAUCCCGAUUACAAAAUUGUUGUUCUUGACAAACUCGAUUACUGUUCGAAUCUGAAGAAUCUAAUUCCUUCGAAAUCGUCCCCCAACUUCAAGUUCGUGAAGGGGGACAUUGGAAGUGCUGACCUUGUCAACUACCUUCUCAUCACCGAGGCGAUUGACACGAUUAUGCACUUUGCUGCUCAAACUCAUGUUGACAACUCUUUCGGUAAUAGUUUUGAGUUUACCAAGAACAACAUAUAUGGUACUCAUGUCUUAUUAGAAGCUUGUAAGGUAACUGGACAGAUCAAAAGAUUCAUCCAUGUAAGCACUGAUGAGGUCUAUGGAGAGACCGAUGAGGAUGCUAUUGUAGGAAACCACGAGGCUUCUCAGCUACUUCCGACGAAUCCGUACUCUGCAACAAAAGCUGGGGCAGAAAUGCUUGUCAUGGCAUAUGGUAGGUCGUAUGGAUUACCAGUGAUCACAACGCGUGGAAACAACGUCUACGGCCCUAAUCAGUUUCCUGAGAAGUUAAUUCCAAAGUUCAUCCUCUUGGCAUUACAAGGCAAAGUUCUUCCGAUUCACGGUGAUGGUUCGAAUGUGAGGAGUUAUUUGUAUUGUGAAGAUGUUGCAGAGGCUUUUGAAGUUAUCCUUCACAAGGGAGAGGUUGGACAUGUUUACAAUAUUGGGACUAAGAAGGAACGGAGAGUUAUCGAUGUAGCCACCGAUUUAUGCAGACUCUUCUCGAAGGAUCCAGAGAUUAGUAUUAAAUAUGUAGAUAACAGACCAUUUAAUGAUCAGAGAUACUUUCUUGACGACCAAAAGUUGAAGAAUUUGGGUUGGUCGGAGAGAACUAGUUGGGAAGAAGGCUUGAAGAAAACCUUGGAUUGGUAUAUCAAAAAUCCUGAUUGGUGGGGUGAUGUGAGUGGUGCAUUGCUUCCUCAUCCAAUGCUGGUGAUGCCCGGUGGUAUGGAGAGACAUUUCAAUGGAUCUAAAGAGGAAAACUCAUCAUAUGUCUCAAAUACGAAUACUCGAAUGUUGGUUCCGACCACCAAGAACGUUGGGUCUUCGCAGAAACAUCCUCUCAAAUUCUUGAUUUAUGGAAGGACAGGUUGGAUUGGAGGUUUACUCGGGAAAUUGUGUGAGAAACAAGGGAUUCCUUAUGAGUAUGGAAAAGGGCGCCUUGAGGAUCGCUCAUCACUCGUGGCUGAUAUUCAAAACGUGAAGCCAAGUCAUAUUUUCAACGCAGCAGGAGUUACCGGAAGACCUAAUGUUGAUUGGUGUGAAUCUCAUAAAACGGAAACAAUCCGUGUCAACGUUGCAGGUACUUUAACAUUGGCUGAUGUUAGCAGAGAGCAUAACCUUUUGAUGAUAAACUAUGCUACCGGGUGCAUAUUCGAGUACGAUGAAGCUCAUCCAGAAGGUUCAGGCAUUGGUUUUAAGGAGGAAGACACACCUAAUUUCACCGGUUCUUUCUAUUCCAAAACUAAAGCUAUGGUUGAAGAGCUCUUGAAAGAAUAUGACAAUGUAUGCACUCUCAGAGUCCGCAUGCCGAUUUCAUCCGACCUAAGCAAUCCACGCAAUUUCAUCACCAAGAUUUCGCGUUACAACAAAGUCGUUAACAUUCCAAACAGCAUGACUAUUUUGGAUGAACUUCUUCCUAUUUCAAUUGAGAUGGCUAAGAGGAACCUAAGAGGUAUCUGGAACUUCACAAAUCCUGGCGCCGUGAGCCACAACGAGAUUCUCGAGAUGUACAGGGAUUACAUCGAUCCAAAUUUCAAGUGGUUUAACUUCACACUUGAAGAACAAGCCAAGGUGAUAGUUGCUGCCAGAAGCAACAAUGAAAUGGAUGCAUCCAAAUUGAAGAAUGAGUUUCCAGAAUUACUUUCCAUCAAAGAAUCACUUAUCAAGUAUGUCUUUGAGCCAAACAAGACAAGUGCUUAA